UUUUACUAACUUCACCGAAGUUCAUAUUUCACAGGAUUAAUAAUUUUUUGUUUUGCAUAUUGUAAUAUAUUCUGAAAUAUAUUUUUGUUUAAAUAAUAUAUCUAGGUUUUGUGUUUACACGUUGACGUUCAACCAUGACAGAACAACAGAUGGAUUGUGCACUAGAUUUAAUGAGGAGGUUGCCUCCUCAACAGAUCGAGAAAAAUUUGACUGAUUUAAUCGACUUAGUGCCGAGUUUGUGUGAAGACUUGUUAUCAUCAGUCGACCAGCCGUUAAAGAUCGCACAGGACCGCAGUAACGGGAAAGACUACUUACUUUGCGAUUACAACAGAGACGGUGAUUCGUACCGAUCACCGUGGUCGAACACGUACGACCCUCCCUUAGAAGAUGGUUCAAUGCCAUCUGAGAGAUUGAGAAAGUUGGAGAUAGAAGCAAACCACGCAUUCGACCAGUACAGGGAGAUGUAUUUCGAGGGUGGAGUGAGCUCAGUAUAUUUAUGGGAUAUGGAUCAUGGCUUUGCUGGUGUGAUUCUAAUUAAAAAAGCUGGAGAUGGAUCCCAAAAGAUAAAGGGUUGUUGGGACUCAAUUCAUGUUGUUGAAGUAGUUGAGAAGAGCUCAGGCCGCAAUGCUCACUAUAAGCUUACCUCGACUGCCAUGCUUUGGCUGCAGACCAACAAGGAAGGCAGUGGCACCAUGAACUUAGGGGGAAGUCUUACUAGACAGGCAGAACAAGACUCGACAGUGAGUGAGGUCACUCCACACAUCGCUAACAUUGGUCGCAUGGUUGAGGACAUGGAAAAUAAGAUACGAAACACAUUAAAUGAUAUAUAUUUUGGUAAGACAAAGGACAUAGUGAACGGUCUGCGGUCGACAGUACCAGCCAAUGUAGCGAGACAGAAGGCGGCCCUUCAACACGAUUUGGCCGAAGCUUUGCUCCAACGCAGACAAGUCACUCGUGCCGACUGAGACUGCAACCACUCAGAUGAGUUGGAAAUUUUGGGUUAAGUAUAAACAACGACAUAGAAGAGUUCAAGAGUUACGAAAAUCGUAGUAUUCUAUUAUGAGUAAUGACAGAUUUUGGAUUAAAUACUUAUGUAAAAUUUUAUGAUAGCAUCCGUAAUGGUGCUGACACAGUCCAUAUAAUUUUAUUACUUUACACAAGUAGCGAGGGUUCGAGUAAUAACUUUAAAAAAUUUAAUUAGCCCAAAAUAUUAUGUCCAUCUCUUUGAUUGCAUUUUUAUUGCUUAGUUUUUUUUAUUGUUAAUUAGAAAAUUGCAUUUUAAAAAUAAGAUAUUCUAUACAAUAAGAUAUCAGUAUAAUAUUAUAAAUAUAAUUUUAAAUGCAUGAUAAGCUCUAAGCCAAUUGUUAAUGUUGCAAUAUUAAAUGUAUCCAGAAUACAUUUUUUUCUUCAUAAUACAAUAACAGUUAUGGAUUGGCCUCUCUAAAUAAAGUAUAUUUAUCUGAUAAAAA